AUGUUUGAGACUGAAAGGAGCAAGUGCGACACUCAUGUGUCCAAAAUCAGUAUUCUAAGCGCUGAAGUGGACUCUGCAAUGCAGCAGAAUACCACCCUUAGGUACAAUCGGGUGGAAUUCCUGAACGGUCACGAGCUACAGCGUGACUACCCAACCAAGCAACCGGAGCCCGUACUGUUGGGCAGGGUCCUGACCCCUGAGAAGAAUCUGGUGUUGCAGUCAAAAAUACAGACGGCGGCCAUUGGCACCAACAGCACCUACCUCCCUAUUGAGGUCCUCACGGGCCUCCAGUUCUUCCCCCUGAAGCAGACGGAUUCCCCCUCUCUGAGGUUAUGCAGUGGUGUCCCCUUCUUCCCCCAGUCCAGCUGUGUGUCAGCCCUCGGAGGUUCUAGAGAUGACAGAGAGGGGAACCUUAAACUACAGCUGAUGGUGAUUGAUAUGUUGUGUCAGAUACUGCAGACUGAGUCUAUAUGGGAUGUCCAGCAAUGGAUUCUGACAGCUGGUCAAAGAGAAAAGGACCAGGUUCUAAGUCUGCUGUGUUCCGCCCUGGCCAAGGACCCUGUCUCAGCCUAUGAGGCUCCAGGAAGAGAGCAGCUGACAGUGAAGGAGGUUCAAAACUUCCCUCCUGCCUCCAGAAUGGCUUUGAUCAGUGAGAAGGAUACCACCAGAAAUCAUUCCCUAGAAAUGAUGUCAAACUGUGACUCAGGUAAACUGGAGGAUGCAGACACAGAGAGGGCAGAGUCCAAGACCCCCAGGGAGAAUCACAGCGCCAGACCCCUGAGUACCCAGAGGACCCUGGGUAGCCCCCCCGUGUGUCACCUCAACCAGAAGGUGGUCCUACGGUGCACCAAGUGGGCCCUGAUGCCUCACACACAACCUGAAGUGUUCCAGGCUGAAUGGCCCAACUAUACCCAGCAGGCACCUGGCUGACUCGUGACUUAAAACACAACUCUGGCAAUACACC